UUCCGCUGUGAGGAGAAAACACGAUCACUUAAAAAUAAAACAAAGAAGACAACAUGCGGGAUGGUGACUUCAUCAGAAGCCCUCAGCAUCGAUUAACACCCGCUUAGCUCACAGUAGGUCUGUCUUUAACGGUUUAUAAGCUAUCGCUCAGAAUCAAUACAUUUGGCAUUAACUUCCGGUCGGAGCCCGUUGUUUCCUGAGGGAAAGAAUCUGUCAACAAUCUCUGGCACACUAUAUUUUCCGUGAUAACGUAAACCACAAAUAGCUACCAGAUUGCAGCAUGAUUUCGAGAACGUAAACGUCAUACUAUAACAAUAAUGGGCUCCAUUUCGCAAGCACUUCUUUCAAACGCGUUCACAAUGACCAAAACAAUCGUGAGGCGACGGAAUGCUAUGAGCUAACACUAUUAGCCUCAUCCUCUCUGUGUGAGUUACUGCACACCGCCGAGAGUUUCAGACGAGUUUUAGGGUUGUUUAUCAUGACUUUACUGCCGAGGAUUGUGAGAUGGGUGGAGAAAAGCGCUUCGUCGAUGUGCUUUCACUCUCGCUGCAGUGCUAACAUGAGAUUUAACGAGCGCAGGCUGCGGGUGCUGGUGGAUAUGGACGGAGUCAUCGCAGACUUCGAGGGAGGAUUCCUAAAGAAAUACAAGGAGAAGUUUCCCAACGAGCCUUUUAUAUCUUUAGAGGACAGAAGAGGAUUCUGGGUGUCCACACAGUAUGGAGACCUGAGGAGAGACCUGUGUGAAAAGGCCAUCAGCAUUUGGGAGUCCAAAAACUUCUUCCUGGACCUGGAUCCUCUUCCUGGAGGACUGGAGGCGGUGAAGGAGAUGUCCACGAUGGAGAAUACAGAUGUCUUCAUUUGCACCAGUCCUAUAAAGCAUUACAGCUACUGUCCGUAUGAAAAGUUUGCCUGGGUAGAGAAACAUCUCGGCUCCGAGUUCCUGGAGCAGAUCAUCUUGACCAGAGACAAGACCGUAGUGACCGGAGACAUCCUCGUGGAUGACAAACCUGAUAUCCUGGGUGUGGAGCCCAAUCCGUCCUGGGAGCACGUCCUGUUCACCGCCUGCCACAACAAACACCUGCCACCAAACCCGUCCCAGAGACGCCUUCAGUCCUGGGCCGACGACUGGAGGGGACUUCUGCAGAGCAAGCGCCAGGAACACACCAGCGUUUGUGUUUAGAUGGGUAACAGAUCCUGUAUCAGCCCUCAUGUUCAGUAUUAUCCUGUCAAUGGAUUAUGCAGGUCACAUAAUACAAACCAGUCUUUCACGAGAGACCUCUAGCAGCAUUUUAUUAUUUGUUAUGCUUUUACUGAGGGCUUAAAAUCCAUAGUUUACAUCGAGCAUUAAUCUGCCUUCACCUCAGUCUCUAAUGGGAUCUCUUGAAACGAAGGGAGGAUGUUUAAAGCCUGCUUGUGCGCAUAGAAGCAUGCGAUUGUCAAAAUCACUAUGAUUUUCCACUGGUUUCUGAUUCGGAUGGGAGUAUGUGGAAGUUAUUAAUAUAGUUUUAAUUCAGGGAGAACACAAUACUUGACAGAACAAGACAUGUUUGUUUUUUUUAAUGUCAUAAGAGUCACUAAACGAAGCCAUGUUGAGCUCAUCUACUGUGAUUGUGUGUUUUUGGACACUAGAGGACGCUGUGAGCACAUUAGUUAUUAGUUGUUUUUUAAUCGGAGCGUCAUUUCGGUUCAUACUUUAUUAUUAGUUUGGAAUUAAUCUUUUAAUAAACUUUUUUUCUUAUGCCUUUG